UAUGUCUCUCGGCUCAAAAGCCCUUGAAAUACCUUGCCUCUGUAACAAAUAGAGCUGCAUGUUUUAAAUGCUCUAGUGUGUGAAAGUUUAGAGAGCACACAUGAUUUCUGUUUUUCGUUUCCCCCCAAAACAACCACUUCCUCACCACCACCACAAUGGAAAACUUAGAGAUGCGUUUGGGUCUUGAUUAUAAAUAUAGGUUUAAUUGAAAGAUGACAUCAUAUGGAAUUAUAUAAACCUUUCCUCAGCUUCGUUUUUAGCCUAAUGUUAAUAUUCAACAGUCACUUUUACUGGCAUUUAUCACUGAAAGUUUCUCGAGAGUGAUCCACUCAUGUUGGUAAAUGAACAGGGAAGCGUCAAAAUAGACCCCAGAAAAAAAAAAUUAAAAUGCAGAUUAAUAGAAAUAUAAUUUUAUACCGUGACAACUAUAGCCUAAGUCGGGAACACGUUCAUGCCCUCAAAAUAAUUUUUUUAAUCCUAUUUUGAUAUAAAUAAUGACCUUGUGAAUAGCACAGUAUUCUCUAAUUGUGCAAUUGUGCAUUGCUAUUCUUGUAAUGGUGAGGAUUGGGAGCCGUUCCUUACGCGUUACGUUAAUAGUCACGUGGUUCAGCCCAGGUGUGUUGAAUGAUAAGCACCAAUCAUAGAUGGGCUGAUGAUGAAAGGUGGAAGCCAACGUACCGUUUUACAGUGAGCCACACACACUCACACUCAUAGUGGGUUACAACGUUGUUCCUGUUGCGAAGGCGGUCAGUUUUUAUUAACAACGUUCAUCGAAGCUCACACAGCUCACAGCUGAACUUGACGUCAAAUGGGAAUAUAAUCGAAGAAACUGAAUUCGGAGGAAGAUGCACAUAACGGAUGUUUGUCAUGCCUAUAAAAAGCAAAUGUAGGAUCAACUAACAUUGAUCCCCCAAGAAAGAGCAAAGAAACAGAGCAGCACUUCAACGCAAGAAGAUUGUUGUGUAAACCCCCACCAUUUCCUGUUGAGACCAACAUCCUUUCUUCUCAAAGUUACCGCUCAACAGUUCUUAAUAUGAGAAGGCAUACUAAAUUCUUCGUCGUCUCAGGGGCUAGCUGCCUUUUCUUUGUCUUAUUCUAUUCCUCACUAACGGAUGUGGAACGCACACAAAGAGACUUGGCCACAAUCUCUUCAGUUGUAACUGCCACUUCUAAAAAACCCACAGCUGUGCUAACACAAACUGUUAAAAGAAAAGCCAAAAGUGUUACGCCAAAGGAACUUCCUCCCCUUACUAUUUCUGAGAAGUUCAGAAAAGACAUUCCCAAAAACGGUGCCUUCUGGAACCGAAAGCUUCAUUCUCUCCUCAGGCAGUUUGACUCCGCCAACAACGAAACUCAUAGGGAGCCGCAUAAAAAGUAUCACUGUCAUCCUGAGAGUUUAGAGUUGCUACAAACGAACAUUCAAGAUAUUCAUACGUAUCCCCUCCUUUACGGAGACUUCCUUAAAGGAAUGGAGUGUCGAGACCCACCGGUUCUUCUCGAUCAGCCUGGCAAGUGUGCGUCGGAUCAAAUUUUCCUUCUCUUUGCGAUCAAAUCCAUCCCAAAGCACUUCGAGAGGCGCCAAGCAGUCCGAGAGACCUGGGGAAGAGAAGGCUUGUAUGAGAACGGACUUCAGGUGCGAACUGUCUUUCUGCUGGGUCGAUCAUCCACGGAUGAUCCCAGCCUCGACAAAAUGGUUUCGUUUGAAGCGCAGCAGUUUAAAGACCUGCUCGUAUGGGACUUUCACGACACCUUUUACAACCUGACUCUCAAGGAGCACGUGUUCUUCAAGUGGAUGCUGGAUCAGUGUCCUCAGGUGUCUUUCAUUUUUAAGGGCGACGAUGAUGUUUUUGCCAACACUCAAGCAAUCCUGAAUCACCUGGAGUCUCUUGAUCCCGCACAGGCUUCGACGUUGUACACUGGGCAGAUCAUUUCUAACGCCACGCCAUUACGGGACCCGAAGAUCAAAUAUUACGUUCCUCAGUCUUUCUACGAAGGUCCAUACCCUCCGUAUGCUGGUGGCGGGGGAUUUCUCUUUUCUGGAAACCUUCUCCCAUCUCUUUACCACGUUUCCUUUUACAUACCCUUCUACCCCAUCGACGACGUCUACAACGGGAUGUGCUUUAAAGCGAUUGGAAUCACUCCGACCAAACACGAGGGUUUCAAGACAUUUGACAUUCGGGAGCAAGAUCGAGAGAACCCCUGUGUGCACAAAGACUUGCUCCUGGUUCACCAACGCAACCCUCAGCAGACCAUGAGAUUGUGGAGGAAUAUGCACAGCUCCAUGCUGACCUGCUGAUAUGUUUGGUCAGUUGGAAACGGACUAGACCAAUUGGAUGAUAAGUUAAAGGAUAAGCUGGUGAUUUUCUGACAAUAAUGUGCAUUAAAGUAGAUACUCUGGAUGAAGGCUUUUUUGGUUCUAGUUUUCACUUGGGGUUGCAAUGACUUGGGAUUGUUUCAUUGGUGUACUUGAAAGACAACAGGUGAUUUGUUUUUGUGCAACUGACACUUUAUAGGUCAUCUUUAAGGCAGUGUUCCCACCCUUGUGCCUAGGGGGACGCCGACACUACACAUUUUUGAAAUUCUUUCCAAAUUAAACUUGCCUAAUUCAACUCAUCUGCUCCUUUAUGGGCACUUUAAGACCAGAAAUAGAUGGGUCAGAUAACAGACGUAUCACUGUAGGUGUGCCUCCUGGAAUGGCGUUGGAAUACCCUGCUUUACGGGUUAGAUCGCCCAAAAUGACGUUGUCCUGCAGAACACUAAUAAUAUUUUUAAGAUCGUUUCAGCUGUUUUGCCCUUUAUUGUGAAAUCGGGUCUGAAUUUCAAGAAAGACCGAGGUUGUGUGAAAUGAACUCCACUGGAAUGUCAUGUUUUCUAAAGCGCCAUGAUUACGCCAUUUGAAGAACGGAUUAAUUUAUACGUCUGAAGUCAAAGGUUGCCUUUUUUUUGUGGGGGACCUUAUUUUUCAUGUUUCAUCACAUUUGGUCACAUUUUUUGUUCUUUUCCUCAUGCAGAUCUAUCGUGUGACGUUGAUAAUUUCCCCUUUGCAGAUUUUGCAACACUUUCCUGCUGAUUACACUAAUUCACCACAUUGAGAGAAAGAAAACAGCU